AGUGGUGGGGCAGGAUGGGCGCCUCGUUCAGGCCUUUCGCGCGGCUGCUGGCGGGGAGGUUGUUUCGGGGCCCGCCAUGUUGUGCCUGUUCCUGUCGUCCUGCCCGCUUCUUUGCCACGGAGCUUCCGGGUGAUAAGCCGCGGGAUGGCCCCAGCAAACCUGGGCCUGUGACUUGGAAAUCUCUGGCGAUUACCUGUGCUGUUGGUGGAGGACUGUUAGCAAUAAUGAAAUUUUUCAAGAAAGAGAAAGAAGAAAUGCUGGAGAAGGAGAGGAAACGAGCUCUUGGAAAGCCAUUGUUAGGUGGCCCUUUCUCGCUUAUUGAUCACGAAGGACAGCCUAAGACUGAUCGUGACUAUUUGGGCCAAUGGGUGUUAAUAUACUUUGGUUUUACGCACUGCCCUGACAUCUGCCCAGAAGAGCUGGAAAAAAUGAUUCUAGCAAUUGAUGAAAUUGAUGGAAUCCAGUCACUGCCAAACGUCACCCCUCUCUUUAUCAGCAUUGAUCCGGAGAGAGACACUAAAGAAGCCAUUGCCAGAUAUGUUAAAGAGUUUUCACCCAAGCUGGUUGGAUUGACAGGUUCCAAAGAGCAGAUUGAUCAGGUAGCUCGAACAUACCGUGUCUAUUACAGCCCUGGACCAAAAGAUGAAGAUAAUGACUACAUAGUGGAUCACACCAUUAUAAUGUAUCUUGUUGGGCCAGAUGGGGGCUUCGUUGAUUAUUAUGGCCAAAACAAAAAGAAUACUGAGAUUGCAGCUUCGAUUGCUGGGCACAUGAGACAGUAUAAACCGCCGAGUUAAGGGACAGGACGUUUCUGGCUACGAGGCAGGCAAGUGGAAGCAGAGUUGUGCAAGCAGUUUGUCUUGGCACUUACCUCAUGGGCUUGAACUCCCCACUGAUAUUAUGCCUGCAAAUUUACCCUUUAACCUGGGCUAAAUAAGGGGCCUACUUGGAAGAAUGCUUUUCUUUGAAUGUGCCUUACAUUUGCAUUUGUUAAAGAUUGAGAGGGGCAGUACAGAAGCAUUUCCUCUGAAAAGGUGAACAUUUCUAGAUCUUGAUUACUGAAGCCUUGAAAUCUUCCCCAACCUUGUAGUCUAUGUUCUUGCCCUCCUGAAUAGACACCUGAAGAGUAAGAGACCACAACAGCACUUUUCACAGGACCAGCCUUUUCUGGCAUUUGAGUAUCAUUGGCUAAACAGGAUUGUGGCUUCAGCAUGACUUCCAAAGGAGCACUUCUUUACAGUCAUAGGAACUAUCUUGGCUUUUUUCAAAGUGGUUUGUAAAACAAAGCAGGGUUUAGUAGCAUGGUAAAGGGCCAUUGAAUCAUAUGUAUAAAUUAUGUAUGUAACAUGUUACAAAUUGCAGAUGAUGAAAUAAAGCGAGAGAAACUGAGAA